AUGCGUAUUACACUGGACCAUCCACACCGUGACCGCCAGGCCCUCAGCCUGCUGCACCACACCACUGCCAUCCAACAUGAAGCCAUGUUUUCACCCGAUAGCAAAGGGCCUGCGAUCCUGAAUCCCGUCAACCAUCCUCAUUGUGUUUUUCUCAAUAACCUCACGAUAUUUCUGGGUAUAUCAAAUAAGAUUCGAUUUCACUACUCUCAGCCAUCCACUCGACAAAGUACUGGCUUUUCAUCAUCGACAACUUCAUCAUCGGCAUACAAUCACAAUUAUGAGAAACAAGAAAUAUCCGGGCGAUUUAUCAACAAGCGGAAGCUCCAGAAACUCUUAAAGGAUCGAUUUGGCAACGACUACCAAUUGCAUGUAUGUCAAACAAUUAUCGUGUAUACGCAAGAAGACCACUGA